UUCUUCCAUUGCACAAAUGACUUGUGUUCUGAAAGUGAACAUCAAAUGUAAAGCAUGCAAGACAAAGAUCUAUGAUGUCUUGCAGAACAUCUAUGGUGUCUAUAAAAUUGACAUAGAUGCAGAGCAAGGGACAGUGAAAGUUUCAGGGAAAGUAAAUCCAAGUACACUUCUAAUGGUGCUUGAUGGGUCAGGGAAACAUGCAGAGCUAAAAAGUCUUACGUUUGAUGGCGAGGUCAAGGAGGGCUACGAUUGUUUUGGACAAGAUGGAUAUGGAUAUGGACAUGAACAUGGAUAUGGAUAUGGACAUGGAUAUAACCCUUAUGCGGUGCAACCUUAUUAUCCCUGUCCACCAUUUGGAGGGAUUGAUUAUUAUGAUCCAAGUCGUCUCAUAAUGAUGCCAUUGUCGCCGCCGCCGCCGCCACCGUUACAAUUACCAUCAACAUCGUCGUCAGUUCCACAGCAAUCUCAGCCACUACAAUUACAAUCACAAUCGCAAUCAUUGCCACCACAACCACCAGCACUUCCGCAGGCCGGUAAUGCUACAAAGAGGGUGCCCAAAUCAGAGGCCAGCUCGGGUAAAAAGUCUAUAUGCGUUAUCAUGUAAGGUGCUGGAAUAAGUCUAGGUUUUGGUAUAGGGCUGAAUGUCUAUUAAUUA